CUAUUAUUACUAUUACUAUUAUUAUUAAUACUUUAAUGAAUAAUGUGGAUUAUUAAUACAUGUUGUCAAUCUACUGUCUGCAUAACUAUCUAUCAUUAUUAUAUAUUGAUUAAUGUAUUGUUCACUCUAUUAUUUACCUGUAUUACUAGUACAGCAGAUCAAUCACAUAUAUUAAAUGAUAAAUCGUAUUCUGAUAUUCAUUGGGAAUUAGAUUAUAUAAGAUCCCAUUUAUGGUCACCUAAAACACCAUUAAAUGUAUGGCCUGAUUUUAAAUUAAUUCAACAAUGUGAUACAUUAGAUUUUAAAACAUUACAAUUUCAUUUUAAUAAAUCGUCACCGUCAUCAUCAUCAUCAUCAUCGGGAUCAUCAUUAUCAGAAGAUGAUGAUAAUGAAUUAUUUGAAUGGACUAGUAUUAGUUUAUUUAAUUCAGAUCGAUUAAAACAUGGUUAUAUACUCCUUGGUGGAUCAUAUAAACAACAACAACACCACCAACAACAACAACAAUUCAAUAAUAAUCAUGUAUCACCUAGAUAUAAUAAUCAAAUUAUUUUAUGCCAUUUAAAUUGGAAAUCAGAUUAUGAAAGUUUAUUAGGUUUUGGUUUUCAAUCAAAUUCAUGUAUUCCAUUACAAUCUGAUUUUUUACAUAGAAAUGAUCAUGAAUUUCUUGGUGCAACAAGUGAAUCAUUAAAAAUUAAUCAUGAUUUAAAUUUAUUUAUAUAUUGUGAUCCAUUAUGGAGAGCUAAUUCUAAAUUACCAGUUGGUAGAUGUUUUUUACAUUUAAUAGAAAAUGGACAAAUUCAAUCACAUAUUGAAUUAUCUGAUUUUUGUCAAACAAAUUUAAAAGUUGUUACACCAUGUGCUGCUGGUCAUAGUAUUGCAUUCACAUAUAAUAAUAAUAAUAAUAAUAAUAAUAAUAAUAAUAAUGAUUCAAAAGAUAAAGAUCAAUUAUCUAAUAUUCAAUUAUGGAUUGGUCAACCAUUAUCUACACCUUAUGGACGUAUUCAAAUAUUAACCGAUUUAUAUGGUACUAUAAAAGUAACAACAAUUAAUAGACCAGAAUCAAAUGAAUAUAGAAUAAUUGGUUCAUUAUUUGGUUAUGCAUUAACUGAUGGUUUUGUUACAGCACCAGGAUUACUUACAUAUAAUAAUAAUAAUAAUAAUCAUACAAAUAUAAAUCAUUUAAUUGGUAUACAUUAUAGUAAAUCUUAUAGAGAUAAUGUAAAUGGAUAUUAUAGUAAUAUUGAUUGGUUCCCAGAAUUGAAUAAUACUAAUCCAUUCAAUGGAAAUGGUAUAUCUGUAUUAAGAGUUAAUAUAAAAGGACCAUAUAUUAAAAGUGUUAUCAUGGGUGCACCAUAUACUAGAAAUACUAUAAUCAAUAAUAAUAAUAAUACUAAAAUGGAUCCUAUUUCAUCAAUGAAUUAUAAUAUUGGUAGAAUUUAUUUAUUAUGUCAAUUAGAUUCCUAUGAAUCAUCUACUAAAAUAGAUUAUUUAGAUGGUCCAUUUUAUUCAAAACAUUUUGGUUUUUCAUUAUGUAAUCUUGGUGAUUAUGAUGGUGAUGGUAAUGAUGAUAUUGCUGUUGGUGCACCAUAUUUAAAUAUUACUACAACAAAUCAUUAUAGUUAUAUUUAUUUAAUACGUCUAUUAUCUAAUUGUACAUUUGAUAGAAUACCAUUUGAUAUAUUAAAAAGUCCAAAAUAUGCAUAUGAUUAUGGUGCACAUCUUCCAUCACAUGCAGAAGAUUUAGAUUUUAAUGGAAUAAAUGAUUUAGUUGUACCAAUUUCUUCUAUAAAUUAUCAUAUAAAAUCGAAUCCAUCUAUUUUAGUAUAUGCAACACGUUAUACAUGGAUUGCUAAUUGUCAUUAUAUAUAUCCACCAUGGUUAACUAUAAGAAAUAUAUUAAAAAAUGAUAUUAUACCAAUACAAAUUAUUAUUUAUUUUAAUGAUCCUAUAAAAAAAUUCACAAAAUCUGAUCAUUAUUAUUUAGAUCGAAAAUUCUUAAAUUCAUUACAAAUAGAUCAAGUUAUACAUCAAAUUAAUCCUGAUUGGAAUGUAACCAAUUUAAUUGAACAACGUUUUAAUUUAAUUGAUUCUAUUAAAUCAUAUAUAGAAUUCAAACAAAAUCAAUUAAUUAUUGAUUUUAAUUUACAAGCUAAAAUUAAUAUUGAAAAUAUUCAUGAUUUAGAAUCAAUUCAUGGUGGUAUUUAUAUUGGUUAUCGAUUUUUACAAUUAUGUUAUGGUAAUUAUAAUGUUAUUAAUCAAAAUGGUACUUGUAUAAAUGGGAGUUGGUUAAAACGUUCAUAUAUUGAUUGGUCAAAAUGUAUUAGUAAAAUACCAUUAUCACGUUAUAUAUGUUAUCCAAAUCCAAUAUGUGAAAGUGAUAUUAUGAUAUAUGUGAAAGAUAUACAAUCAAAUCAAUUAAUUACUUUUCCAUAUUCAUAUUAUCAACAACAGAAUAUAAUAUCUAAAUUUAAUCAUAGUAAUAAUAAUAGUAUAAAUAAUCCUUUAACAAUGAAUAUUAAUAUUGAAUAUGGUAAUAAAAAUAGUUCUAGACAACAAAUACAAAUAGAAAUAUAUAAUUUAGGACCAACAAAAGCAAAAGGUACACGUAUGGAAUUACAAUUUCAUGGAAAUUUAAAAUUUUCACAUCUUGAAUUAGAAAUUGAUCCUAUUAAUAUAGAUAAUAAUACUACUACUACUAAUACUACUAAUAAUAAACGUUAUACAGAAGUAAUUAUGAUAGAUGUUUCUGAAAAUGAAACAUGGGUUCAUUGUCCUAUUGGUACAUUAUUACCAUUAUAUAUAAAUGAUCAUGAUUUAAUUCAACCUAAUCAACGUUUUAUAUUAUCUACAUAUUAUGAUAAAUUUUUAUUAGAUCAUAAUCAAGUUAAUUUUCAAUUAGGUGCUGGUGUAACCAUUCAUAUCAUCACUGGUACAUUAGAUCCACAACCAAUUAAUAAUAUAAUACGAAUUAAUUAUCAUGUUAUUCAUCGACCAAUUAUACGAAUAUCAUAUGGUCCUGGUGAUAUACCAAGUAUAAUGGAUAAUCGAACAAUUCCAUCAACAACAUUAUUAUAUCAUCCACAAAAACGUAUUAUUGUAUCAGAUAUUGGUCCUAAAAUUGAACAUAUUAUACAAAUUGAAUAUAUGGGACCAUCAAAUCAAUUAAAUAAUGUUACUAUGAAUUUAUUUAUACCUAUUGAAUUAGAUAGAAUAGAUGAUAAGAUGAAUAAUAAACCACAAUAUAUAUUAUAUAUGUUUAAUGAAAUACGUUCAUUAUUAUAUAAUGAUAAUAAUAAUAAUAAUAAUAAUAAUAAUAAUAAUAUAUUGGAAUGGAUUGAUUCACGACCUAAAAUAUAUGCAAUGGGUAAACAUAAUAAUAAUAAUAAUGAUAAUAAUAAUAAUAAGGAUGAUAGGGAUGAUAAUGAUGAUGAUAAUAAUAUCAGUAAAGUUGGAAGUUGUAUAAUAGUAAAUAGUGAAAAAGUAGUUAAUCCACGUCAACUUAUUCCAAUCGAUAUGAAUACAGUUUAUUCACGAAAACGUCGUAAUGUUUUAACAAAAACACAAGAAGAUGAAAUAAAUAUAGAGAAAUCUUUCAUUGAUAAUGAAAAUGAAUCAUUUUUAACAGAAUCUAUUGAAACAAUACAGUCGUCGUCGUCGUCGUCAUCAUCAUCAUCAUCCUCUCCAAAAAUUCCUGUCAUACAAUUUCGACGAUUACAAAAAGAGGUAUUUGAAUGUAAUCGUGUUGGAAAUCGUAUACAAAAACCACCAAUUUGUGCAGAGAUUAUUUGUCAUGUUGAUGAAUUAGUGAAAAAUCGUCCUGUUUUAGUUAAAGUUACUGGAUGGUUAUGGGCACGUACUCUGUUUGCAAAACAUAUAUCAGAUGUUGAUCUUGUCACAAUUAUAUCUGUCAAUCAAGGUAAUAUUCCAAAAGGUGUACAACCAGCUAAUGAACCAAUUGGACAUUUUUAUUUAUCACAAACAUUUUUCUUUCCACAAAUUCGUCCAAAAUUAAUACAUCAAAUACCAAUAUGGCCAAUUAUUGUUGGAUUUUUUCGUCGACAUAAAACUAAAUUACGUAAAGCAAUGCUUAGUAAAGGUGGAAUAGAAGAUUUAUAUAAACGUGAACAAACUGAAUUACUUUUAAAUGAUCAAAUGAAAAUAAAACAUACUACUAUGAAUAUAUCAUCAAGUAAUAUGAAUAAUAAUUAUCAACAUACUGAUGGUUAUACAAAUGCUACAUUAACACCAUCAUCAGCACCAGCACCAGCACCAUCAUCAGCACCACCAUCAUCAUCAUCAUCAUCACGUAUAAAGACUAAUAAAAGUAAAAAAUUAAAAAAAAAACAUAAACGUGAAUUGAAUAUUUUACAUCCUGGAGAUUUAUCACCAACUGGUACAUUAAUUAAUACACAUCAGGAUCAAGAUCAUGAUCAAGAUCAUCAUCAUCAUCAUGAUGAUGAUGAUGAUGAUAAUGAACAACAGAAUAAAAAUGGAUCUGAAAAACAAAAUUUAAUUAUAGAUUCUACUUUAUCUCAAUAA